CCAUUAGACAAUGGAGCUAGACUGAAAAAUAUUAGGAGAGGUCUUUUGAGCUAUACUAUAAGGAACAAAGCUCUAUCUACACAUAACCAUAGCCCAAGAUAAGGAUCUUUCAAUUUGUGGGCUCCUUGCCCUUGGUUCUUCACAAAAAGUACCCCCUCCCCUCUCCAACCCAUCUAUAAUAACUAUUUUUUUUAUUUUUUUUUUUUAUACAUUUCUGAUUUGCUGCAUCACCAAAAUCCAUAAUGGAACCAGCUGUGCCAGUGAGUUAUUAUAGCAAAAACAAUGGCAACCACGAGUAUGAUGACAUUAUCGACUGGUUCGAGAACUUGUGUGAGAACGCCGGACAUGUUCAGACUCAGACACUUCGCCGGAUUCUUCAGCUGAACUAUGGGGUGGAAUAUCUCAAAAAAUGGUUUGGGGAGAGAGAAAACUUAAACAUCCAAAACAUGGAUGCAUGUGCAUUGGAAUCACUCUUCACUUCCACGGUGCCCCUUGCCUCCCAUGCAGAUUUAGAUCCUUAUAUUCAGAGAAUUGCAGAUGGGGACGAAGCUCCUUUACUCACUCAACAACCCAUAACAACUCUCUCCUUAAGUUCUGGAACAACAGACGGGAGACAGAAGUACGUACCCUUUACAGGGCAUAGCGCCCAGACAACGCUUCAGAUUUUUAGGUUGGCAGCUGCUUAUAGAUCAAGGGUUUAUCCAAUAAGAGAAGGAGGGAGAAUUCUUGAGCUCAUUUACAGUAGUAAGCAGUUCAAAACAAAGGGAGGGUUAACAACAGGAACAGCCACAACGCACUACUUUGCAAGCCAAGAGUUUAAGAUCAAACAGGAAAAAACUAAGUCUUUCACUUGCAGCCCAGAAGAAGUAAUUUCCAGUGGAGAUUACAAACAAUCUAACUACUGUCAUCUCCUUCUAGGUCUCCUCUUUUCUAACCAAGUAGAGUUUAUAACUUCCACUUUUGCCUAUAGCAUAGUGCAGGCAUUUAGCACAUUUGAAGAGCAGUGGCAAGAGUUAUGCAAUGAUAUCAGAGAGGGAACUCUUAGUCCAAGAAUCAAUAUACCGGAAGUGCGAAAAGCCGUCUUGGAAAUCAUCUCCCCCAACCCAAGUUUAGCAUCCAAAAUCGAAGGGUGUUGCCAGGAAUUACAAAAUUUGGAUUGGUGUGGUCUAAUUUCUAGGCUUUGGCCAAAUGCUAAGUACGUGUAUUCUAUAAUGACCGGUUCAAUGCAACAUUACUUGAAAAAACUAAGGCAUUAUGCAGGAGAGUUGCCACUAGUGAGCGCUGACUAUGGUUCUACUGAGAGCUGGAUUGGGGUGAAUGUGGAUCCCUAUCUACCCCCAGAGAAGGUGACCUUCGCAGUAGUACCCACUUUCUCUUACUAUGAGUUCAUUCCACUCUAUAGGCAGAAGGAAGAUUGCCAUUCGGCCAUUGAUGACUUCUUAGAAGAUAAACCUGUCCCACUCUCCCAUGUCAAGCUUGGACAACAGUACGAGAUUGUUCUUACCACUUUUACUGGGUUGUACAGGUACAGGUUAGGGGAUGUGGUGGAAGUGGCAGGUUUUCACAAAGGAACCCCUAAAUUGAACUUUGUAUGCAGGAGAAAGCUAAUUUUGACGGUAAACAUUGACAAAAAUACUGAGAAGGACCUUCAAUUAGUAGUGGAAAGAGGGUCUCAGCUGCUGAGUCAGGCUAGAGUGGAGCUGGUUGAUUUCACUAGUCAUGCUGAUAUAGCUAACCAACCAGGUCACUAUAUAAUUUACUGGGAGAUUAAAGGAGAAGUGGAAGAGCAAGUUCUUAGCGAGUGUUGCCGGGAAAUGGAUGCAUCAUUUGUUGAUCAUGGGUAUGUUGUUUCUAGGAAAACUAAUUCAAUUGGGCCACUAGAGCUUUGCAUUGUGGAAACAGGGACAUUCAAGAAGAUUUUAGAUUACUUCAUAGGCAAUGGGGCAGCAAUGAGCCAAUUUAAGACCCCUAGGUGCACUAGCAACCAGGUCAUCCUGAGAAUUCUUAAUGUUUGUACCAUUAAAAGGGUUUACAGCACAGCUUAUGGUUGAAAUAGGCAGAGAAAGAAAUUCAUCUUU